AUGAAUUUUUUGUAUAAACUUAAUUUAGAAAACUUUAUUAGGCCAGUGAAACAUCAAGACUUUAGAACUUGUACGAAUACUUCUUUUUGCCGGCGUAAUAGAGCUUACGCUGACAAAAUAUCGGCUAAUCAUACAUUGUCGCCGUAUAUAGUACUUAAAGAAACUUUAAGGAUUAGUAAUGAUAAUGGUAUAUUAUCAGGAGAUUUAUUUAACAUUAAUAAUAAAAAAUAUUUUGUUUUUGAGCUACAUUUUUUGUUAAAUAAUGUUGCAAGAUUAAGAAUUGAUGAAAAGAGCCCUUUGAAACCUCGAUAUGAUCAAGCUAAAAUUUGGGCACUUGUAGAACAAGAAAAACCUUUGCGUCAUACACUGGAAUAUUCAUUAAUUACAUCAGAUGAUAAUGAUCAUAAAUUUACAACAAUCACAUAUGGAGAACAGAGAGAUCAUAAAGUUAUAAUUCAUCAUUCACCAUUUCACAUUCAAUUCUUUUUGAAUGAUGUGCCGAUGAUCACACUAAAUGAACUUUUGGUAGAUCAAAGUAGUCAAGAAAAUAUCGUUAAAAAUGACAAUGAUGUUGUUGAAGAUGUAAAUGACGCUUCAUUUAACGGAAAAACUGACACAAAACCAAAUGGACCAGAGUCUAUUGGUCUUGAUAUAAAUUUUCCAGGGUUUAGUCAUGUUUAUGGUAUACCAGAACAUGCAUCAACUCUUUCAUUAAAAGAAACACGAGGAGGCGAUGGUGCAUAUAAUGAGCCUUAUAGAUUAUAUAAUUUAGAUGUAUUUGAAUAUGAACUGGAUAAUCCAAUGGCAUUGUAUGGAUCUAUCCCUUUUAUGAUUGCACAUCGUAAAGGUAAUUCAGCAGCUGUUUUUUGGUUGAAUGCUGCAGAAACUUGGAUAGACAUAACUAAAAGUAAAGAAGAAAAUUCUGGAUUAUCAAGAUUUCUUAAAUUCGGUAAAUCAAAUCACUUUCAUACGUCCACACAAACACACUGGUUUUCCGAGUCUGGUAUAAUAGAUGUAUUUGCAUUCCUUGGACCAACAACUUCCGAUAUAUUUCAACAAUAUGGAGAACUUACCGGAUUCACUGCCAUGCCAGCCUCAUUUGCAAUUGGCUAUCAUCAAUGUCGUUGGAAUUAUAUUGAUCAAAAAGAUGUUGAGGAAGUGGAUCAAGGAUUUGAUACACAUGAUAUUCCAUAUGAUGUUAUUUGGUUAGAUAUUGAACAUACUGAUUCUAAAAAGUAUUUUACAUGGGAUCUUGUAAAAUUUCCAGAACCAGUAAAAAUGCAAACAGAAAUUGGUCAUGAAAAUUAUUAUUUAUAUAAAGAAGCACUUGAUCAAGAUCUCUUUGUCAAAGAUGUUAAUGGUAAAGUGUUUGAUGCAUGGUGUUGGCCAGGUAGUUCAUCUUGGCCAGAUUUUAUUAAUCCAUUGACUUAUUUGUGUGCAACUUCAGUGGGUCUUAGUAAUAGGACAAAUCCUGCUAAGCGUCCAUUCGUGCUGUCUCGUGCAUUUUUUGCUGGUACUCAACGAUAUGGUGCUAUAUGGACAGGUGAUAAUGCUGCAAGCUGGGAUCACCUGGCUAUUUCAACACCUAUGUUAUUGACUAUUGGAAUUUCUGGUGUACCUUUUUCAGGGGCCGAUGUUGGAGGAUUUUUUGGAAAUCCUGCACCUGAACUUUUGGUACGUUGGUAUCAAGUAGGUGCAUUUCAGCCAUUUUUCCGAGCACAUGCACAUAUUGAUACCAAACGCCGAGAACCUUGGUUAAUGGAUGAACCAUAUACUGGUUAUAUCCGAGAAGCAAUUAGGUCAAGAUACACAUUAUUACCUUUAUGGUAUACUUUAUUUUAUGAAGCUAGUAUUAAAGGAUUGCCUAUUAUAAGACCAAUGUUUGUGGUUUUUCCUGAUGAUGAGGAUGCAUUUGCAAUUGAAGAUCAAUUCUUUGUUGGAGAUUCAUUACUUGUAAAACCUAUUGUUAAAGAAGGUCAAACAUCAACUGAAAUAUAUUUUUCGGAGAAUGAUAUUUAUUAUGACUAUUUUACAUAUGAGAAAAUUAAAAUAAAUUCACAUAAAGCUGUUGAAAUUGAAGCACCUUUAGAUAAAAUCCCAGUUUUUAUUAAAGGUGGGUCUAUUAUUCCUCAACGUCAAAGAAUUCGUCGUAGUUCAGCUGCCAUGAUAUUAGAUCCAAUAACACUUGUGAUUGGGUUGGAUAAAAAGGGUGAAGCAAAUGAUUUAAAUCUGAAAAAUUAA